UGAGUUUGGCUCCGGGCCCCGCCCCGGCAUGGCGCCCGGAACCGGCUGCCGCAGGGACCCGCUCUCCGGCCCGGCCGCGUGGGGGCGGAGCCCGGCCUGCAGCUGCGAGGACCGCAGCGGCGGGAGGUGGAGUCUCCGUCCGGAAGCCGGCGAUUCGCGGCCAUGGCAGUGCCGGCCCGCGGCUUUUCUCUGCUCCGCCGUCGCCUGGGCCGCGUGCUGAUGCUCGGCGGGAGCGUGGUGCUGCCCCUGGGGGCGCCGGGAGCAGCCGGCUGCGCGUCCCGGGGUUUUCGGAGCAGCGGCGUGAGACAUGAUGCCAUCAUUAUCUCAGGAACUGAAAUGGCCAAACAAAUCCAGAAAGAAAUACAGAGAGGUGUGGAAUCAUGGAUUUCCCUUGGGAACAGAAGACCUCACCUCAGUAUCAUUUUAGUGGGUGAUAACCCAGCAAGCCACACGUACGUCAGGAAGAAGAUCAGAGCUGCGUCUGCUGUAGGGAUCCGUAGUGAGAUCAUUCUAAAACCAAAGGAUGUUUCUCAGGAAGAACUUUUGGAUAUAACUGAUCAAUUGAAUAUGGACCCACGAGUCAGUGGUAUAUUGGUUCAGUUACCACUACCAGACCACGUGGAUGAGCGAACAGUAUGCAAUGGAAUUGCCCCUGAAAAAGAUGUAGAUGGAUUUCAUAUUAUCAAUAUUGGAAGACUGUGCCUUGACCAGAAUUCUCUCAUACCGGCCACUGCCAGUGCUGUUUGGGAAAUAAUCAAAAGAACAGGGAUUGAAACAUUUGGGAAAAAUGUGGUUGUAGCUGGAAGAUCCAAGAAUGUAGGGAUGCCCAUUGCCAUGCUUUUACACACUGAUGGAGAGCACGAACGGCCAGGAGGUGAUGCAACCGUGACAAUAGCUCACAGAUACACUCCCAAAGAACAAUUGAAGAUCCAUACACAGCUGGCAGAUGUUAUCAUAGUAGCUGCCGGUAUUCCUAAGUUGAUCACAUCUGAUAUGGUUAAAGAAGGUGCUGCUGUAAUUGACGUGGGUAUCAACUAUGUCCACGACCCAGUGACAGGAAAGACAAAACUGGUUGGAGAUGUGGACUUUGAAGCUGUUAAGAAGAAGGCUAGCUAUAUCACCCCAGUUCCAGGAGGCGUCGGACCCGUGACAGUGGCAAUGCUUCUGAAGAACACCCUUCUGGCAGCUAAAAAACUCAUUUACUAAUUCACAUGAAAGAAUAAAGCAAACUGAAGUCAUGCUAUUUAUUUAUUUGACAAAGGGUGUAAACACCUUUAUAUUUUACUACAAAGCUAUUUAUUUCUACCUUGUAUUUAUUUUUUCAUGGAUGGAAUCAUACUGGACCAGAUGAUUCAUACGACUUUAUGCAUUUCCUGCUAACAGAUUUUGAGUUUUAGGAUAAAACAAAAUAAUUCCAAUGAAAACUUUGGUAACAACGGUUUAUUUUGUGAAUACUAUUUGUUCAUAAUAUUAAACAAUAAAGGGCUCAUAAUAAAUGAAUAUAUUUUUGACACAAAUAUCACACAAAGUAUGUUUUCAACAAAUGUCUUGUCAGCCAAAUGGGUGCCCUCAUAAACUGUAAUUUAGGUUUGGACAUAAGCAUGCUCAAUUUUUAUAUAUUUUAUGUGUCUCAUAUGCUGAAAAAGAGCUUACUUGUAAAAGAAAGAUAAAACAGUAAAAAUAAAAUCUUGAUCUUGUAUAUCUCAUAAAAGCAUCCUAUGAGGUAUCUUAAUGAGAAAUGACACUCUAUUCAAGGAAAGAAAAAUAAACGAAGAAAGCAAAAUACGCAGUGCUACUUGGAAAGGUAAUGAUCAGGGGUGGCUAAGUGUCUGACUUUGGCUCAGGUCAUGAUCUCACGGUUGGUGGGUUUGAGCCCCACGUCAGGCUCUGUGCUGACAGCUCAGAGCCUGGAGCCUGCUUCAGAUUCUGUAUCUCCCUCUCUCUCUGCCCCUCCCCGGCUCAUGUUCUGUCUCUCUCUCUCUCAAAAAUAAAUAAACAUUUAAAAAAUUUUUUAAAAAAAGGUAAUGAUCAUUUCAAACUGUAAAUGACUACUUGCAAUAGUAAAAGCCUAAUAGGAAUAAGUUAGGUUAAGGUGUAAUUUCUUUCUCCUUCCAGAAAAAUAUUUGGAUAAUCUCUUCCUUGAGGAAUAAUGGAAAAAAUCCCAAAACAGACAUAGAAAACAAAAGUAUGGUUGUAUGCUCCCACAAAUAUUAGAAAAAUAGGAUAUAGUAUGAGCAAGGACGUCAUUAAAGAACAAAUGGCUGUUCACAGAUUCAGAAAGUAAUAGGAAAAUAUGACACAAUAUGCCAAAGCUAAACCUUAGCCUAUAACUAGAAAUCUACCACUCUCUUGCCCACAGUUCUUCCCUCUUCUGUUACAGCAUUUGGUUUUCAAAGUAGAUACCAUAUUUCUAACACAAUUUAAAUUAGGAAAUACACUGAAUGUCAGUUGAAGGCGAUUAUGAACCUAUCCUAAGCACAUAAUUGUAUUGUUUUCAUGCCUUAUCCCAGUGUGUUAAUGUACCAACCAUGAUUCUUACCCAGUGCAUGCUUUAUCAGUGUGUGCUCCUGAUCAAUUGUGUGAAAAUAGACUAGAGGCUUAUAAUUAAUAUUUCAACUGUAUAAUAAAAGCGAUUUGAAGAA